AUGGCGAGGCCGCGAAAGACUGUUCUACUAUUCCUCUCAUGGAUAGUGAUAAUGACAGUAAUGGUUCCUAUAUUACUGUCUACCACUGCUGAAGCUUUUGAUGUUCGAUUGUUGUUUAAGAAGGAUUUGAAGCCACCCUCAACUUGUGUUACUCCGCAUAAAGAUCCUAAUGGUGGUGGAAGCGGGUCUGGUGGUGGAAGCGGGUCUGGCAGCGGCGGUGGUUCUGGCAGCGGUGGUGGUGGUUCUGGUAGCGGUGGAGGAGGUGGUUCUGGAAGCGGUGGAGGAGGUGGUUCUGGUAGCGGUGGAGGAGGUUCUGGUAGCGGCGGCGGCGGUGGUGGUUCUGGUAGCGGCGGAGGAGGUUCUGGCAGCGGUGGAGGAGGAGGUUCUGGUAGCGGCGGAGGAGGAGGUUCUGGUAGCGGCGGAGGAGGUUCUGGUAGCGGUGGAGGAGGAGGUUCUGGCAGCGGUGGAGGAGGAGGUUCUGGUAGCGGUGGAGGAGGAGGAGGUAAUGGCGGAGGAGGCAAUGGAGGAGGAGGUAAUGGCGGAGGAGGCAAUGGCGGAGCAGGCAAUGGCGGAGGAGGCAAUGGAGGAGGAGGCAAUGGAGGAGGAGGCAAUGGAGGAGGAGGCAAUGGCGGAGGUAAUGGAGGAGGUAAUGGAGGAGGUAAUGGCGGAGGAGGUUCAACCUCUACAACUACUACUGUUACUACAAGCCAAGGCAACACAGUCACCACCGUCACUUCUGGCACUACCACCAGCAUUAUUUUCAACGGUGAUGCCAUUGACACUACCAUUAUUGAGAGCUUUCCCGCUAGCUCCUAUUCCUCGGUCAACGACUGUCUCUACGCUACUGGUGCACAAAUUAUCCUCAAGUCAGCCAACGAUUCUAGUUACAAUAAUUACCGAUUUGGAGAAAACAUCCGUAUUGAAACAUACCCAUACGCGAUUGCGUUCGCAGUUAACACUUCUCAAGUAGCUGCUCUCGUAGAUUGCUCGGUCAUAUUUGGGAAAAAGCCGGUUCCCCGUUCUGGUGGUCACAGUUACGAGGGAUUUUCAUCACUGUCGGAUUCGAUUGUUAUCGAUCUGAGUCGUAUUGCCUAUGUUUCUGUGGAUACUUCCAGUGGCUUUGCACUUGUUGGAGGAGGAAUGCGCCUUGGUCCUCUAUAUCUUAUCUUAGAAAGUUUCGGGUUUACCAUUCCAGGACCAUUCGUUCCCACAAUUGGUAUUUCUGGGCUAAUUUCUUCCGGCGGUUAUGGACUCGGUACUAGGAAAUAUGGUAUUACGGCAGAUGCAAUAAUCGGGGCCAUUAUUGUCGAUGUUCGUGGAAAUACACUGAGUGUUAGUGCGACAGAGAAUGCAGACAUUUUUUGGGCAAUCAGAGGAGGUGGAGGAGGCGCGUACGGUAUAAUAACACAAUUAAAGAUACAAUUGUCGGCCACUUGGAAAGAUAGUACAGUAUUCAGUUACGAUUAUGACUUUACGUCAGCACCAACUGUGAUAAAAACCUAUUCAGAAUGGAGUGCAACGGCUGCGGCUGAAGUUACAAGUUUUUUGGUCUUUACUGGUGGCGUUAUUCAGUUCCGUGGACACUAUAUUGGAACCGUGGCAGCAGCAACUCCCAUACUUGAUGGAAGCGGUCUGGUUACUAUUCCCAAUAACAAUAAAGUCCUGCAACCAUGUCCGUCCGAACUAUCAAGAUCAUUCUUCCUCGGGGAUAACACAUGUAAAAAUGAGGGAUUACUUAACGUUGGUACUGAUCCGUUUGUUCCGGUCGGUGCUGCUGCUGGAGGUACUGUUACCGCAGGUAUUCUGCCGAAGAUUGCACCAGCUCCUCAGACACCUCGUGAAAACAGCAAAGUCAAAUCAAUAUUCUUCAACUCAUCAUUCACUGUGGAGCAAUCUACUAGUAUCACAACAUUGCUUCAGUCUGCACCGACUGGGGCCAAAGUCGAAUUCUACGGUCUUGGCGGCGUUCUUGCAACUGAAGCUACAGACUUGACAUCCUUUUUCCAUAGAAAAUGGACGCUUCACGUUGUUAUCACUGUUGUACUAACUGGUGAUGCGACAGCAGAUGCAAAUGCCAUUACCUGGAUUAAUCGUUGGGACACUGACAUCAGGACUUUCGCCACCACUUAUUCAUAUAGUGGUUAUGCCGACUUGGAUCUGAAAAAUCCGAUUGUUUCUUACUAUGGGAGCAAUGCGGAUCGCUUGGAGAUUUCAAAAACGAAAGUUGAUCCAACUGACAUAUUCGGUGAUCCACAAUCAAUAAUACCUAAAAUAGUCACCGAAGGAGGUCCACCAUGUAACGGCACCACACCUCCCGGUCCAAGCACGGCUAGUUUGCCGAAUAUAUUGAGCUCUUGGUCUGUUCUCGCUUUGACUCUUAUUACAAUGAUUUUCCCUAUCAUUUUAUAG